AUGAGUAGCCCUAAGAGGAGAAUUGAGGCGGAUGUGAUGAAGAUGUUGAUGAGUGACUAUGAGGUGACAUUGGUGAAUGACAAUACUUAUCUCGCCAUCUACUUUAGGACGAUAUUGCAGGAAUUCUAUGUGCACUUUAAAGGUCCUGAAGAAACGCCAUUUUCAGGUGGUCACUGGAAAAUUCAUGUCGAGCUACCCGAUCAAUAUCCAUACAAGAGCCCCAGCAUAGGUUUCGUGAACCGCAUUUUCCAUCCGAAUAUUGAUGAGCUAUCUGGAUCGGUCUGCCUGGAUGUCAUCAACCAAACCUGGUCACCUAUGUAUGACAUGAUCAACAUUUUCGAAGUCUUUUUGCCACAGUUAUUGCGCUACCCCAACCCAUCUGACCCGCUAAACGGGGAAGCUGCAGCGUUGAUAAUGCGAGAUCCCAAGAAUUACGAAAACAAAGUCCGAGAUUACGUCGCCAAAUAUGCAAGCAAAGACGCAGCGGAAGAAGGUGGCGAAGACACUGAGUCGGAAGACGAGUUGAGCUCUGUCGGGAGCUACGAGUCCGGCGGCGAAGAACCAGCCGGUACGAUGGACGAUGUCUGA